AUGGGCGAGAGUAUAGCAAAAAUAGUAGACUUGAAAAUUAAUAAUACCUCUGAUAUGGAAAUACAUAGUCCCAUCAGUGAGUUCAAUAUAUUGGGAAUAAUUCAUGCAAUAGAGAUUUUAAUCCAAUCUCAAGAUCGUAAAUGGGAGCAAGUAAAAGUUACUAAUGUUUUCGUUACCAAUGAAUCUGAACUUGAAUCUGUACUAAUAUUAAGUCAGCUAUGGUUCCAGGAAAAUGCAAUAAAACUGGACUUUCUGAAUAAAACUCUUACAUUACUCAAUGGAACUAGUUGUAAGAUUAAGUUAAUUGAGAAUAUUUGGGAAAUGCAUAGCAUAUAUGCCUAA